GGCUAAUGGCAACGUGGAUUCGACAUCCGUUGAAGACUUGUAUAAAAAGGGGGUGCUCAACCAUUUUAAGAACAUAGCUUCUUCUGCCACUGGGAGAAAAUCUUGGAACAGAGUUUCAGUUGAUUUUUAAAGAUGAUAUCGACGGUGCCUUUGAAAGCAUGUUUUGCAGUUUUGUUUGCCGUGAUGUCGAUCAUUACGGAUCCUGUCGGUGCUGAAUGGGACACUGGUGACGGUGGAGUCCAUUGGCACUUUGAUUGUGACUUUAGCGGCUACGAUAUAUGCAAACAAAAGAUUGCGGGAGAACAAUGUGGUAGACUCUGCAUCAACACACCAGGCUGCAAUCAUUUUAGUCAUUUCGAAGGAGUCUGUUAUUUGAAAAAUGCGCCGAUGGAUACUGCCCGUCAGUACAAAGCCGGCUGCGUUUGUGGUUAUAUUCCAGGAAGCGGUGGUGGAAGCGGAGGAGUCGAGGGAACUUUCUGGGCAGAACAAUCGGAUGCUGGCGGUUGUCAAAUGCCGCAAGAGACGACGCGUACUAUGCAAUUCUUGGCGUUGUUAACAGUGGUGGAAGGAUCAGUUCAUCGGCUGUAGCUGCUGGAGUAGCUGGUCGUCGGAACAACGAUGGCUGGUUUGAAUUCAAUGGUUCCGGAUCACCACGUUUCACGCCAGAUGCUCAAGUUGCCUUCAGUUAUGAAGAUGGAUCGUCGUCUUCUUUCGCGAUUCGCAAUUGUCUCAAUGGAGGACAAGUGAAAAUUUUCCAAUGAGCUUUUCAUUUGUAUAAUGAACUCAGUUAAUGUAUUAAACGUAAUCGUAUUCUUAUC